CGCGAGAGCGCCGUGGUAAACACGGCCCAAGAUGGCGGCGGCGGGCCCGGCGGCGGCGCGGUUGGCUCACAGUCAGCUUUGCUAAUUCUUCUAGGGAGUUAACCUUGCCAUCAGCAAUGGAGUACAGGACUCAGCUGCCACAUCCUCAGUGACCGAAUCCUUUCAUACAAAAUGGAGAAGAAGCGUAGAAAGAAAUGAGCCUGUUUAUAAGGCUUUACCUCAAAAGACCAUGAAAUCUCUGCUUGUUCUGGACACAGCUUUAAGAGUACCCAGUUGAUCAGCACAGUGAAAGCAACGUUUACUGAAACAAAAAUUAACUAGUUUCUGAAGAACAAAAUCGUGAUUUGAAUAUAUGGAAUUUUUGGAAUGAAACCAGUUUCUUCUAUGACCAUGAAGUUUGCAAACAUCUGGUUGGUUCUGGUUGUUGUUUUACUCUGUGGCAAAAAACACUUCAGUACCAGACUAGGGAAUUCCUCUCAUGAGGCUCAGAUAUGUCCUGGAUGUUCUCGCCUUACUUUGAAAGUGGAAUUCACUUCGACGGUCGUGGAACAUGAAUAUAUUGUGGCUUUUAACGGAUACUUCACAGCUAAAGCUAGAAGUAAGUUUAUUUCAAGUGCACUAAAAAGCAGUGAUAUUGAGAACUGGAGGAUUGUACCUCGCAACAACCCAGCCAGUGACUAUCCUAGUGAUUUUGAAGUUAUUCAGAUCAAUGAGAAACAGAAGGAUGGAGUACUGACACUGGAGGAUCAUCCCAACAUCAAGCGUGUAACACCACAGCGGAAGGUCUUCCGGUCGCUCAAAUACGCGGAGUCUGAUCCAGUGGUGCACUGCAAUGAGACCAGAUGGACUCAGAAAUGGCAGUCGUCUCGUCCUCUGAGGAGAGCCAGCCUGUCUUUGGGCUCUGGCUUCUGGCACGCCACCGGCCGCCACUCCAGCAGGCGCUUGCUCAGAGCCAUCCCACGCCAGGUCGCCCAGACCUUGCAGGCAGAUGUCCUCUGGCAGAUGGGUUACACAGGUGCUGGUGUAAGAGUAGCAGUGUUUGACACUGGGCUGAGCGAGAAACAUCCACAUUUCAAAAACGUAAAGGAGAGAACAAACUGGACUAAUGAGAGAACCUUGGAUGAUGGUUUAGGCCAUGGGACUUUUGUAGCAGGUGUGAUAGCCAGCAUGAGAGAGUGCCAGGGAUUUGCUCCAAAUGCAGAGCUGCACAUUUUUAGAGUAUUCACCAAUAACCAGGUCUCAUAUACAUCAUGGUUUCUGGAUGCCUUUAAUUAUGCAAUCUUAAAGAAGAUAGAUGUUUUGAAUCUAAGUAUUGGUGGGCCAGACUUCAUGGAUCAUCCAUUUGUUGAUAAGGUGUGGGAACUGACAGCCAACAACGUCAUCAUGGUCUCUGCUAUUGGCAACGAUGGUCCUUUGUAUGGGACUCUCAAUAACCCUGCUGACCAGAUGGAUGUGAUUGGAGUAGGUGGCAUUGACUUUGAAGAUAACAUAGCUCGCUUUUCAUCUAGGGGAAUGACCACUUGGGAGCUGCCUGGAGGCUAUGGUAGAGUGAAGCCUGAUAUUGUUACUUAUGGCUCUGGAGUGAGAGGUUCUGGUAUGAAAGGGGGAUGCCGCUCACUCUCUGGGACAAGUGUUGCCUCUCCUGUGGUGGCAGGUGCUGUUACUUUGUUAGUGAGCACAGUUCAGAAGCGCGAGAUGGUGAAUCCAGCAAGUAUGAAGCAGGCUCUGAUUGCGUCAGCACGGAGGCUUCCUGGUGUCAACAUGUUUGAACAAGGACAUGGCAAGUUGGAUCUUCUGAGAGCUUAUCAGAUCCUCAACAGCUAUAAACCACAGGCCAGUUUGAGUCCAAGCUACAUUGACUUGACAGAAUGUCCCUACAUGUGGCCCUAUUGUUCUCAGCCCAUAUAUUACGGAGGGAUGCCAACCAUUGUUAAUGUCACCAUCCUGAAUGGUAUGGGAGUCACAGGGAGGAUUGUAGACAAGCCAGACUGGCAACCCUAUCUCCCCCAAAAUGGGGAUAAUAUCGAAGUGGCUUUCUCUUAUUCCCCUGUGUUGUGGCCUUGGUCUGGAUACUUGGCAAUUUCCAUCUCGGUGGCAAAGAAAGCAGCAUCUUGGGAAGGCAUUGCUCAAGGUCAUGUUAUGAUCACAAUAUCGUCCCCUGCAGAAAAUGAAUCCAAGAAUGGUGCAGAGCAGACUUCAACAGUGAAGCUUCCAAUAAAAGUGAAGAUUAUUCCUACUCCACCUCGUAGCAAGCGAGUCCUUUGGGAUCAGUAUCACAAUCUGCGUUACCCACCAGGAUACUUCCCCAGGGAUAACUUGAGGAUGAAGAAUGAUCCAUUAGAUUGGAAUGGUGACCAUAUCCACACAAACUUCAGGGACAUGUACCAGCACCUAAGGAGCAUGGGGUACUUUGUUGAGGUUCUUGGUUCCCCAUUUACAUGUUUUGAUGCAAGUCAGUAUGGGACCUUACUGAUGGUGGACAGUGAGGAAGAGUAUUUUCCUGAAGAGAUCACCAAGCUGAGAAGGGAUGUUGAUAAUGGACUUUCACUUGUAGUCUUUAGUGACUGGUACAACACAUCUGUGAUGAGAAAAGUCAAGUUUUAUGACGAAAACACAAGACAGUGGUGGAUGCCUGAUACUGGAGGUGCCAAUAUACCAGCUCUCAACGAUCUGCUUUCUGUCUGGAAUAUGGCUUUUAGUGACGGGCUGUAUGAAGGAGAUUUUACCAUGGCAAAUCAUGAAAUGAAUUAUGCAUCAGGAUGCAGUAUUGCCAAGUUUCCAGAAGAUGGCAUUGUCAUUGCACAGACUUUUAAGGAUCAAGGUCUUGAAGUUUUAAAGCAAGAAACUGCUGUCAUUGAAAAUGUCCCUAUUUUGGGGCUUUACCAAGUUCCUUCGGAAGGCGGCGGCAGAAUUGUUUUGUACGGCGACUCCAAUUGCUUGGACGACAGCCAUCGACAGAAAGAUUGCUUUUGGCUCCUGGAUUCCCUCCUGCAGUACACGUCGUACGGGGUGACGCCGCCGAGCCUCAGCCACUCGGAGCACAGGCAGCGCCCGCCGUCGGGAGCGGGACACGCUCUCCCCGAGAGGAUGGAAGGUAACCAUUUGCAUCGAUACUCAAAGGUGCUCGAGGCUCACUUGGGAGACCCUAAACCCAGGUCCCUUCCUGCCUGUCCUCACCUGUCCUGGGCCAAACCACAGCCUUUGAAUGAAACUGCCCCCAGCAACCUUUGGAAACAUCAAAAGCUACUGUCCAUUGACCUUGAUAAAGUGGCUCUGCCCAGUUUUCGACAGAACCGACCCCAAGUGAGACCCCUGUCCCCUGGAGAAAGUGGAGCGUGGGACAUUCCUGGAGGUAUAAUGCCUGGGCGCUACAACCAGGACGUAGGACAGACCAUCCCAGUCUUUGCUUUCCUUGGUGCCAUGGUGGUUCUGGCCUUCUUUGUGGUACAGAUCAACAAAGCCAAGAGCAGGCCAAAGAGACGGAAACCGCGUGUGAAGCGGCCGCAGCUCAUGCAGCAGGUUCACCCCCCGAAGACUCCUUCUGUGUGAGAGCUCUGGCUGCCCAAAGAGCACCUCCCUGCCUCUCCCAGCCAGUGCAGCACGAGGGAUUCACACCUCACAUCAUCUCAUAGUCUUUGGUUUCUGGAGAGAAGGGCCUCAGUGGAUCAUCCCUGCAGAAAACUGCAGCUUGAAGCAGCCGAAGCCACCAAAGACUUGAACGCUGUCGAAGCGGCUGCUCAGUCACUACAUAUCCCAGGAGGGGAGGAAAAGGACCUUUCGGGUUUUUUAAGCUGACCAAACUAAAAUUUAUUUGUUUAGAGGCUAUUUUCUAUAUUUAUUGUGGGGGAGGGCGGGGGGAAAAGUCACUUUAAGGACCUCUGCUAAGGAAAAACAGGCGCAUUUGUGUGGAGGGAGCGCGGUUUUCUAGAAGGGCGUCAGCGGUCACGGAGGGAGGGAGGGAGGGAAGGGGGCUGAGAGAGGCCAGGGCAGAUCAGUGAGACAUACCCCUGCAGUUUAUUUUUAUAAAGCCAACUACCAUGAUGUUUUGUAAUUCUUGGCCAUGAUUUCACCGUUGUUGGUGAAGCAGAUUUUCAAUAAAUAUGUUAUCUGUAUGAAGCAGU